AAUCCGGUCUCGCAACGGAUAUCAUCCGGUGCUCGCACACGCUCAAAAGAUUCGAAAGACAACGGAGUUUGAGAAGAAAGAAAGAAGAAGCCAUGAAAUCGCACUUCACAGCAUCGUCAUCUUCAUCAGGCACCACAAGUACAACCACUACCGCCAUGGAAGAGAGAGACAGCUGCUAUUUCCCUGGUUGCAGAAAAGAUGCCAAUUGCGACUGCGACAUUUGUUUGGCGAGCAUCAAUGCCACUCUCGACCUUAUGCCAAUCAGUAUCAAAAAAUCUUCCCUCACCAAGUUCUCCGGGCCUGGCUCCUGUGUAGAGCGAACUCCGAUUUCGUUUGAUCCCUCAAUUAUGUCCACACCCAGAUCGAAUACUACCCAGAAUUUGGAGCCCCCUGCUCUCAAAUCGACUGCCAGAGUGAGAUUCAAUGAGAAAUCGGAGAACAGAGGGAGCAACAACUUGGGUUUCAGAGCUGGAACUAGAAGUUUCUUAAGGAGAUUAAUUUUGUGUUUCAGCUUGAUUUUGGUCGUGGAAAUUGGAUUUUCUUGGAUGGUUUCGGGGAUUUUCAGGCCUGUGUUGUCACCAGAGGUAGUGACGUCUAUCGGUCACAAAUCUUCCGUUACACGAGAUUUGAAUGGCAGGUUAAGAUUUUUACAGAAUGAGUUGAAGAUUCUUGUUGAUGGAAAGGUUUCGAAUUGCAGCUAUGCGAAUUCAGCAUGGAAAAUCCAUCAGAACAAUUUGUUCUUGAAUUCUCGCUGCACACUCUACAAAUCAGCAAUAGAGGAAGUCAGCGUUUGGGGAUGGCCUUUGCAGACCUCAGGAUUGGUUCCAACUGGAUUUUCUAGCCGUUCGUUCACUACCUUAUCAGGCAGAGUGACAGAGUGGCCGGAAGGGAAUGCUCAUUUCCUACUUCAUAAGGCAAACACUUCAUGGGUGCAGAAGAAAUGGAGUACUUCUGUGGUGCAAUUAGAUCCUAAUACAUGGGUUCUUGACUAUCAACUGAGUUCGGUCAUGAAUCAUAACUCAAGAUUGGUCUCAGCAGCAAUGGAGUUGUUGAAAUAUAAGAUCUCAAGCAUAGUUGAAAAGAUGAAGCAAGAGCUCUGGCUACUCUCCACCGCAUUUGAAAAUCAGUACAUUCAAUUCACUGCAAAAGAACAAGUGAAGAUCCCAACAUGAAAGAAUCCUUAGAUAUCAGAUGUUGCAUACCUGAUUAGACACUCCUCAUAUCUAGUCAGAAACUUUUGCUUGUGUUUGUUUCUUAGUCUUUUGUUCUAUAUUCUGGCACCGUAGCUUCCUUUGAAUAUAAUCAUUUUGCCCAACAUGCUAUGGUGCAUUCAUCACAGGGAAAUUCAAGAGAAAGUAGCCAUACUGAAUUCUCAUU